AUGGCGAAAAUCAUCAGCGGGCUGGAAUACAGCCAAAAAGUGCUCAACGACGUGGGAGAACAGCUGAAGAAGGUCAAGCUCGAGACCCCAGAUUUCAAUGCGGUUCUGGCAAUCGUGCAGGUGGGAAACCGGUCCGACUCGAAUGUUUACAUCGGUUCCAAGUUGAAGAAGACAGCCGAAAUUGGGGCCCAAGGGAUGCUCGUGAAACUGCCGGAAACGACCACCCAGUCUCAGUUGGAGGCCGAGAUUGAGCGUUUGAAUAAUGAUAAUAAUGUGGACGGCAUUAUCGUGCAACUACCGCUCGACACGACAAACCAAAUCGAUGCCGACAGUGUUGUCGACAUGAUCCAUCCCCUCAAGGAUGUCGAUGGCCUUACCCGGGAAAAUGCGGGUCGCUUGUUCCGGGGUGAACUCGACAAAACAAUUUUCCCAUGCACCCCAUUCGGAUGUCUAUAUCUUGUCCAACAAGCUACUGGCGACCCUAACUACGUGUCAGGAAAGAAUGUAGUUGUUUUGGGCCGUUCGAAGAUUGUCGGCUCCCCUGCCGCUUCAUUGUUUAUGUGGCAUCAUGGAACCACAACGAUCUGCCACUCAAAGACGAAAGACAUCAAGGAACAGUGCCAAAAAGCCGACAUUCUGAUAGUGGCCAUUGGAAAGAAGCAUUUUGUAAAAGGAGACUGGAUUAAACCCGGCGCUGUUGUGAUCGAUUGCGGAAUAAACGUCGAAGAAGCGCACGAAGAAGGCAAAAAGAAUAAAUUGUUUGGCGAUGUUGAUACAGAGGCAGCCAAGCAGGUUGCUGGCUACAUCACACCCGUCCCGGGCGGUGUCGGCCCUAUGACCGUGGCCAUGUUAAUCAGAAAUACCGUUGAGCAAGCAAUCAGAAGACGACUCCGCGGUGGCAAAGAGGGCCGCUGGUCGAUCAACUACCUAAAACAAAGCUUCGUAUCUCCAGUCCCAUCAGAUAUCGUCAUUUCAAGGCAACAAGUACCCAAAAAUAUCCUUACGUUGGCUGAUGAGGUCGGUAUCAUGGAGAACGAGCUUGACCAAUACGGAAAGAAGAAGGCAAAGGUCUCGCUUGAAGUGCUCAAGCGCCUCGAACACGUCAAGAAUGGAAAAUACAUCGUUGUCGCGGGAAUCACCCCAACACCUCUUGGUGAAGGCAAAUCUACGACGACAAUGGGUCUCAGCCAGGCCAUUGGAGCUCAUUUGCACAAGAAUGUAUUCGCCUGUGUUCGUCAGCCUUCGCAAGGACCCACUUUUGGAAUUAAGGGUGGAGCUGCUGGUGGUGGAUAUGCUCAGUGCAUUCCGAUGGAGGAAUUCAACCUUCAUUUGACUGGUGAUAUCCAUGCUAUCACGGCCGCCAAUAAUUUGCUGGCUGCCGCCAUUGAUGCAAGGAUGUUCCACGAAAAUACCCAGCAAGACGAGCCGUUAUUCAAUCGCUUGUGCCCACAGAAUAAGCAAGGAGUGCGUACAAUGUCGGCAGUCCAGAAACGUCGUCUUUCACGGCUUGGCUUCCCAGCUGUCGAUGAUGGAAAUCAGCUGACCCCCGAGCAACGCGUCAAAUGGGCUCGUUUGAACAUCGACCCAAAGACUAUCACUUGGAAUCGUGUCAUGGAUACUAAUGAUCGAUUUCUCCGCGGGAUCGACAUUGGAGAAGGACCUCAAGAGAAAGGACACACAAGACAUACCCAGUUCGAUAUUGCGGUGGCUAGUGAGAUUAUGGCCAUCUUGGCGCUCACUAAUUCGCUCGCUGACAUGAGAGACAGAAUCUCAAAAAUUGUCGUCGCUUCGAGUAAAGAAGGAGAGCCGGUGACUGCUGAUGAUCUUGGUGUCACUGAUGCUUUGACGGUUCUUAUGAGGGAUACCGUCCGCCCCAAUUUGAUGCAAACUCUUGAAGGCACUCCUGUCUUCGUCCAUGCCGGCCCAUUCGCCAAUAUCGCUCAUGGUCAAAGCAGUAUUCUUGCUGAUAAGGUGGCCCUGAAACUCGUCGGUGAAAAUGGCUACGUGGUAACUGAGGCCGGUUUUGGUGCUGAUAUUGGAAUGGAAAAAUUCUUUAAUAUCAAGUGCAGAUAUUCUGGCCUCCAGCCAAGUGCCGUUGUCCUGGUGGCGACCGUUAGGGCGCUGAAAAUGCAUGGCGGUGGCCCGGCUGUCGUCGCAGGAGCCCCGUUGAAGCAUGAGUACCUUGAUGAGAACAUUGAGCUCGUGUCGGCUGGCUGUGAUAGUAAUUUGAGGAAGCAAAUUGAAAACGCGCGUAAAUUUGGCGUCCCGGUUGUUGUCUGUGUCAACCGGUUCUCAACUGAUACCGAGAAAGAGUUGCAACUCGUUGUGGAAAAGGCCAAGAAACAUGGCGCUCACAACGCGGUUGUUUCCGAGCAUUGGGCCAAGGGAGGAGCCGGAGCCCUCGAUCUGGCCAAGGCUGUUCUCGACGCUACCGAGUUCAAGAGCGAUUUUAAAUUCCUCUACCCUCUUGACCUUCCACUCGAAGAAAAGAUCGCAACCAUUGCCCGCGAGAUCUAUGGCGCUGACGGCAUCGAGCUGAGCCCCGAGGCUAAAGAGAAACUUGAGCGCUACACUAAGCAAGGAUUUGAUAAGCUGCCGAUUUGCAUGGCCAAGACACAGUAUUCGUUUACUCAUGAUCCCAGCAAGAAGGGAGCACCAACUGGAUUUGUGCUACCAAUCCGUGACGUUCGUGCUUCGGUUGGCGCCGGCUUUAUCUAUCCGUUGGUUGGAGAGAUGAUGACAAUGCCUGGUCUAUCCACUCGUCCCUGUUUCUUUGACAUCACCAUUGACCCAGUCACCGAACAGAUCGAUGGGCUUUUC